UAGUAAACAAAGCUGCGGAUCUCCUGCGUUCAAAGUGCAGGUUUCUCCGGGAUGAGCGGGGCCGGGGCGGCUCAGGCGGCGGCGCUGCGGGCGCUGAUCGCGGCGCGGCUCUCCGCCGUCACCCGGGACCUCUGCGCCGCCGUGGACGCGCUGGCGGCCGCUUACGAGGAGGAGAAGAGCGGGGAGGAGAGGCGGCGGGGGCCGGUCCGCGGUGGGAAGCGCAGACCCGAAAAGGAGGAGGAGGAUGAAGAGGAGGAGCGUACCAAGGGUCCGGUCCCGUCUGGUCCAGAAAGGUCUCCGUCCCCGCGGGGUCGCCGAGCUCCAAGGAAACCGGGGAGACCUGCUGCCCCCGAGACCCAGACCACGCUGGACCUCAGGAUCCGGGUCCUGGAGGACCCACACCUGGACCUGGUCCCCCCCAACGUGAUGAGGGCGUGUCCCCCCGUCCAGCUCAGGUGUCCCCGGGACCUGGGGGAACCGGACUUCCUGGACCUGCUGAGGUCGUCGGUGCCGCGGCUGCCUGGACCCGGACCCGGACCCGGAACCGGGCUGGAAGUCCUGACCUCGGACCGGAGGAGGAGACUGACGCCUCUGGACCUGGCGGCGCUGACGCCCGCCGAGAUCCAGCGCCGGGCCCGGGCCCGGGCCGGGGCGGCGCCGGUCCACAUCUGGAUCAGGGCUCAAACUCAGAGAGAGGCAGGGGAAAGCAGCAGCAGCAGCACUGUAGUGCAGAACCGAGCGGGCCCCCAGGAGGACCCCGGUCCUGCUGAGACCGGCGGUCCGGCUGAGACCGGCGGUCCGGCUGAGACUGGCGGCCCGGCUGAGACCAGCGGUCCGGCUGAGACCAGCGGUCCGGCUGAGACCAGCGGUCCGGCUGAGACCAGCGGUCCUGCGGCGCUGACCCGUGAGGAGGAAUCCAGCGGUCCAGUUGGUGGACCGGACCCCCCAGAGGAGGUUCUGGACCGGGCUGGGGAAGACCGGGGACCGGAGGGCCCGGAGGGACCGGAGGAGGGAGGCAGCAGCGGCGGGGGGGAGGAACCGCGGCCCGGGGACCAGAACCACCGCCGGACCCGCGCCGCCGCGGCCAAGACCUACCUGUGCGGCGUCUGCGGGAAGUUCCUGAGCACCGGCCGCUCGCUGAGCCGCCACAAGAAGAGCCACUCGGCGGAGCGGCCGCACCGCUGCCGCGUCUGCGGCCGCGCCUUCAAGCUGCCCGCCACGCUGCGGCAGCACGAGAAGAUCCACGGGCCGCGGGACCGGCCCUUCCUCUGCCACGUCUGCUGCAAGAUGUUCCUGACGGCCAAGCAGCUGGCCGUGCACCUGCGGGUGCACACGGGCGAGACGCCCUUCACCUGCCCCCAGUGCGGGCGCGGCUUCAGCACCAAGGGCCCGCUGACGGUGCACAUGCGCGUGCACACGGGCGAGACGCCGUACCGCUGCCGCGUCUGCGGCUGGGCCUUCAAGCGGAAGACGCACCUGGACAACCACGUGGCGGUGCACACGGGCGCGCGGCCGUACGCCUGCGCCGUCUGCGGCAAGACCUGCGCCCGCAAGACCUACCUGACGGUGCACAUGCGCACGCACAGCGGCGAGCGCCCGUACCGCUGCCCCCGCUGUGGGCGGGGCUUCACCCAGAGCCACUGCCUGAAGACGCACCUGCGGAGACACGCGGGGGCGGAGCCUCCGGGGGCGGAGCCAGGAGCGGAGACACUGGGGGCGGAGCCUGCGGAGCCGGGGCCAGGGCUGGGGGCGGAGCCAGAGCCGGGGUCAUGACCUCAGCGUAGGGUUUUAUUAUUGUUAAUUAUGUUUAUCUGUAAAUGUUGUUGACACGGUUGAGGGAUGACAUCAUCACCAGCACCUGACCUGAACACCUGGAAGAACCUGGUGAUGAUGAUGAUGAUGAUGAUGAUGAUGAUGAUGAUGAUGAUGAUGAUGAUGAUGAUGAUGAAGAAGAUGACAGACUUGGAACUGAACUAUAACGUUUUCAUCUCUUUUCUACGUUUCUGGUCCUUGAGCUGAAGCAGCGAAUGGGAGCACAGCUUUACUGUGGUGGGCGGAGUCCAGUGACAGGCUCCGCCCACCACCGUGAAGGUAAAAAAGGAGUCGUUCUUUAUCUCUGGUGUUUUCAUGAAAACUGCACAGAUGUGUGCAAAAGUUUGUGCCCCCUAUUUCAGUGUUUCUGAUGGAAGGAGGUCUCAGUAUCAG